AUCAGUUUUGUUGUUUUUAAAAUGGCAACUGCAAAUAUUGACCAAGAAAUGGAAGCUGCCCUAAAUCAAAACGAAGAGCUGAUUGGCAUUACACCUUCUCGUCGGUCGCCCCAUGGUGGGGUUUCUAGGAAACGUAAAGCUGAUAGGAGUAGUUGGAAACAAAGUGUAAGAAAAAUCCAACGUCAGUCGGGUAAAGCUUAUAAAAAUACGAAAGGAGAACAAAUGCCAAAAAGAUCUAUUGUUGCACUAAAAAGUUGCAGAAAUUGUAAAUUUAAAUGUUCUACCAAUAUAUCUGAGAUUGAGCGUCAAAUAAUAUUUGAUAACUUUUGGACCUUAGAUGAUGACAGAAAAACACAUUUCUAUUCUAAAACUACUGAAAAUCUGGAGAAAAAACGCUGUCGGACAGCUGCUGGUGACAAUUCAAGAAGAAAAACAUCUUAUUGUUAUAGCUUUUUUGUUUCUAAUACACAAUAUAGAGUUUGUAAAUCAUAUUAUCUUUCAACAUUGAAUAUUAGCAGCCAUAGAGUGUUUUACUUUCAUAAGUUUAAUAAAUCUUUAACUACUGGAACACCAUUGCAAUCAAAAUCAGGGAAACAUGUUAAAAAAAAGGUUAUUAGAAAGUCUAAACAAGUUGUACGAGACCAUAUUAACCUUUUCCUAAGAAUUGAUGCUCAUUAUAGCAGGAAAAAGACACAUAACAAAUACAUGGAAGGAUCACUAAAUAUAGGUAGAAUGUAUGAUCUUUAUAAAAUAUAUUGUGAUGAAAAUGUCUCUCCUCCAGCAAAAGAACAUAUGUAUUGUUAUAUCUUUAAUCACGAGUUCAAUAUAGAAUUUCAAAAACCGAAGAAAGAUUUAUGUGACACAUGCUAUGAGUCACAUAAAUCUUUCUUCGGUUCGCAACAUUGUUAA